UUUUAUAAAUUAAUCUUUUUUUUUUAUUUUUUAAUUUUAUGCUUUGCUGUUACUUUCUUUAUUACUGAAUUUGUUUUAUUCAUCAGCGCAUUGCUCUCAGUAAGUUUUAUGUCUAGGUUUAGGGUUCUUUUAUGUAUUCUGGGAAUUAGAGAAAUCUCUAAAUGCUUAUGAUUAGGGCUUCUUCCUUUUGGUUCGCAAGAAAGAAAGAUUGAGAGGAAGGAAGUUUCGAUGUUUGAAUAGUGCCCGUCAUGAACCUUGUGUUGUUUAUUGAAGUGCCCUUUUUCACAAUCUUACCAUGUAAUUGAUCAGUCUUUUUCUUAGUUUCUGGCUUCUGGCUUUCAGUAAUGCAAUCUUUUGAUUGUCAUGAUUGUUUUUGGGACUUUUCCCAUGUAGUUUUUCGGUGGAGUCCAUAUAAAAUGUUGUUAUGGCUUUUUAAAAUGCGGUGCAAAGUUAGGACACAUGAUGUUUUACACUUGAUCUCUGAACUUCAGGUAAGUUCACCUGUUGACAAGUUUAUGUGCUGAUGCCCUUUUCAUUGCACCUUGUAUUGCAAGAUAACAUUUUCCUUUGUCUUUCUAGUCUUUUUGUUUUCUUCUUUUUAAGAGAAAUAAGUUGGAUGAUCUCUUUUGUGCUCUAGCGUGUGCCUGGUAGUGCAAAACCUGAACCCUUGAACUGUCUAAAUGAUGAGGAAGAUGACCCCUAUAUCGUUUAUACGCAUGCAUAGAAGGGGCUUUUUCGUCUAUGUUUGGUAGAAUUUGUUGGGGGCCUGAGAGGCUGUGGUUUAUCCGAUGUUUACCCUGAUAUCUAAAGAAUCAUAUAAAAGAUUGCUAGCUUACUCAGAUUUUGUUUGUGGAUAGUUAAUUAUUUUCUCCAGUAGCAUAUUAUAGGCUUUUGAUAGAUACAUGGAGUGCAGAAUGAAGCUACAAAUGACCGUUGUUCAACUUGUGCUAUAUAAAGUGGAUGUGUGCCACCAUUCACUAGGUAAAUAUGUAGAUUUGCUGAAAGAUGGAAAGGGUGAAAACCAUUCAUGAACAAAAAUGUUGGUUGCAAAUACACAGAAUACACAUCCUGGAAUUGCCUGUUUCUAAGGGUGCACUUUAGUUUAUGUUAAAGGCAACUAGGCAAUGUGAAUAGCCAUCUGGGUCAUUCUUUUUUUCAAUUCGUACGCAUCCACCAGUUGCUAUUUUCGAUCACGUUUUUUUUUUUAAAUUUAAUUAGUGAAUGUCUAUUUAAACUGAAUGAUUGUUCUUAGGCCCUUUUUAAGUCCUUGGUUAUAGUUGAUUCUUUCCAAUCUUUAGGUGAGCAUACACAUUCAGUUACUAUCAUUGCUAACAUCUUAUUGAUAAUCUGCAGGUAAGAUAAAUAGGUAAAUCUAAGAAUGUAAAUGUGAAUAAAAGGGAUGUUUUGAAGUGGACACAGCCUAUGGAUGAUGUUCUCAUUGUUGUGCUCUUGCACCAACAGAGCUUGGGAAACUGGGCCGGUAAGCUUUUCACUAAGAUGGCAUGGUGAAUGAAUUGCAUGAAAAGAUUGGGAUGGCUAUUGAGAAAGGUCACCUGAAAAAUCGUUUAAAAACUAUGAAGCAUAAUUUUAAUGAGUGUUAUGCCCUUGUCAAGGGCAGAGGCGGUUUUGCUUGGGGUCUGGACACUAAAAUGUGGACUGCUAAGCCUGAAUUAUGGAAAGCACUAGCAAAGGCUGGUUUUUCUUUUUUUUCCCCUUCCUAUAUAUUCUUGUUUAAAUUAUCUGCUAUCUGAGCAUGUUUAUAUUAAUGGAACUAAUCUCCAUCUUGUGUUGUGGUUUUUUGUAUCUCAGUGAAAGCCUGAUUCAAAAAAAUAGAUAACUACUAGAAUUGCUAAUUAUGAUAAGUUGUUGAUGCUUUUGGCAAAAGAUAAAGAAAGAAGGAUGGAGCUAAAGGGAGUCAAUGGACCAGCUCAAUUGGAGGAGUAUUGUUUGAUGGUAUUCCUUUGCAAGAUGUAGUUGGUCUGACCAUGGAGGACAAUGGCAUGAAUGAUACCAGUCAAGUUGUUUCUCAAGUGCCAUCCCAGUCUGCAACAUCAUUUAAAGGGAAAAAAAUGAAAGGCUCCAGGGGUUGAAGUAUUUCAGAGAGAGUUUAAACGCAUAAGGGAAGCAAUUAAAGAUGUUGCAGGUGCAAUUAGUGAGGGAAAUGUUAUAGCUGAGAGGGGACGACCACUUGUUUACUACUCAGAGCAGGAAGUUUUUGUAGAAUUAGUGAACAUAGAUGUGGAUACACAGUUACGCCAUAAGGCUUACACUUUCCUUAUUGCAAACGCAGCGAGGGUGAGAGCCUUGUUUGGUUGCCCAGCUGAUGAGCGCAAGGAAUAUUUGUUGCAGAUGAUGUAUAGUCCUGAGGACUCUAGCAUAUCAAAAAUUUAUUGGCUAGGUAGGGCACACUACAGUUUCUUUCUUCCUUUUUUCCCUUGCGGAAGGGGGAGAGACGUGUAUAUUAGGCGUUGGGGAAAGUAAGGGAUUGUACAUAAGAUGAAUGAUAUUCAGAUAGCAAUAAUUCUUUUGUUCAACGUUUCUCUAUUUGGCUACCUUAUGCAUAUGAUUACCUGCUAUAUGGAAGCCAAAUGAAUAUAUAAUUUAAAAAGGUAAAACUAAGCGGUCUGUGGAUUCCUUCGGUGACGUAUUUAUAUCACGGCUUCAUAUUUAAUGUUGUAACAAUGCACAAUCUCGGGAUUCCUUCAAAGGUUUUUGGGUUCCUUCAUGCAGGGGCAUCCAAACCAAUUGUGGACGUUCUUUUACCAAAUUGUAGCCCAAUGAUUGCCAAAACAACAAAGAGUUGCAGCCCAAUGACGAGUAGGACUUAGGAUAUUGGAAUUGGCUUUUGCAUCUUAAGGCUCUGGCUUGGCCUAGAUGGUUAGUUGGUGGACUCCUCCUUAAUAGCUUUCCUGAUAGUUUCCUUCGUUCAACUUUCAAGUGACCGACAAUGGUACAUCCAAAGCAAUUUGUCAGGUAAUAACUGCUGACGGAGAUAAACUGUUUGAGGAAAUUCGUGUUAGACAUUGAAUCAUGUGACCAUCCCUUCAUGCUGCACAAGUUCCAUUCCAGAACGGUUGAAACAAAAAAUGGAUUGCAUGUUCUCAUCCAUCGGCCUACAUCCUGUCAAACCGUUGAAAAGAAAAGUAGUAAAGAGCAUUUCUGUAACUUCCAUGGCACAUCCCAACACAAGAAUUUGCUAUAGAAAGCUACCCAAGAAGAACCUCCGUUAUCCGCGUCGCACCAAGCUUCCUCCUGACUUUGGUGUCAACUUAUUCUUGCAGAAGCCUAGAACUGAAACCGACACCGCCACUGACACUCAACAAAUGGAUUCAAUUCCCAGUCGCAGCAAUGAAGAAGAAGAAGAAGAAGAAAAAGAAGAAAGUGAGGGGGAGGAGGAAGAAGUAGAAGAUCAAGGCAAUUAUGUUGUUUGGGAAUCAGAUGAGGUCGAAGCAAUAUCGUCACUUUUUCAGGGAAGAAUUCCUCAGAAGCCAGGAAAAUUAGGCAGAGAGAGGCCUCUACCUCUCCCACUUCCUUACAAGCUACGGCCAUUGGGAUCUCCUACGCCAAAGAAACACGUUAAAUUGACUUCUCCUGGGGUAAUCUCUUCUCGAGCAUCUGUAUCAAAACGGUUAUACAAGAGCCCAAGCUUUCUUAUCGGCUUAGCCAGAGAGAUUAAAGACCUUAAUUCCGAUAAAGAUGUGUCUGCAGUUCUCGAUAAGUGGGCUUGUUUUUUGCGCAAGGGUUCGUUGUCAAUGACAAUUCGGGAGUUGGGUCACAUGGGUCUUCCACAACGAGCUCUGCAAACUUUCUGUUGGGCUCAGAAGCAGCCUCAAUUAUUCCCGGAUGAUAGGAUUUUGACUUCAACUGUUGAGGUCUUGGCAAGGAACCGUGAACUAAAACUGCCAGUCAACUUGGAGAAGUUCGCUAGCUUGAGUAAUCGGAGUCUGAUUGAGGCGAUGGUGAAAGGGUUCAUCAAAGGUGGAAGCUUGAACCUUGCUUGGAAGCUUCUUUCAGUUGCUAAGCAAAGUAAAAGAAUGCUGGAUCCAAGCAUUUAUGCGAAGCUAAUAUUGGAGCUUGGUAAGAAUCCAGAUAAGCACACGCUUGUCGUGGACUUACUGGAUGAUCUCGGAGAAAGGGAGGAUUUGAAUUUAACCCAGCCGGACUGUACUGCCAUCAUGAAGAUUUGCAUUAGGCUUGGGAAAUUCGAGACAGUGGAGAGCUUGUUUAACUGGUUCAAACAAUCUGGGCGUGACACGACUGUGGUUAUGUACACAACCCUGAUUCAUAGUCGUUAUUCUGAGAAGAAAUACAGGGAGGCAUUAGCUCUGGUUUGGGAAAUGGAGACCUCAAAUUGUCUCCUUGAUCUUCCUGCUUAUCGUGUAGCAAUAAAGGUUUUUGUUGCUCUGAAUGAUCUCUCCAGAGCUGUGAGAUAUUUUUCGAAACUGAAGGAAGCAGGUUUCUCUCCAACAUAUGACAUCUAUCGGGCCAUGAUUAGUAUUUAUAUGGUUUCCGGGAGACUGGCCAAGUGUAAGGAGGUUUGCAAGGAGGCAGAGAUGGCUGGAUUUUCAUUGGACAAACAUACCUUAGCACAACUGUCACAACUUGAGAAAGAAAUGAGAGGAUUUCUUGAUCGAGACGAUCUCUUUGAAUGAGACUGGAAGUAUUUAUUGUGGUUGAUUUCUUGGGUAUUCAAGUUAAAUGCUGUCAGUUUCUAUCGAAC